AGACCUGGGCUUGCAGCUGCGUUAGACAGACUGGGAGAAAGUAGGUUCCGCUAGGUCAAGCAAGAUCUCCACCUCUUCCAACCUGCAGCCCAGGACUCUGAUUCGAGCCGCGCCUUACCGCGCAGCCCGAGGAUUCACCAUGGUGAAAAUCGCCUUCAACACCCCCACGGCGGUGCAGAAGGAGGAGGCGCGGCAGGACGUGGAGGCACUCGUGAGUCGCACCGUACGAGCUCAGAUUCUCACUGGCAAGGAGCUCCGAAUUGCCACCCAGGAAAAAGAGGGCUCCUCUGGAAGAUGCAUGCUUACUUUAUUAGGCCUUUCAUUCAUCUUGGCAGGACUUAUUGUUGGUGGAGCCUGCAUUUACAAGUACUUCAUGCCCAAGAGUACCAUUUACCAUGGAGAGAUGUGCUUUUUUGAUUCUGAGGACCCUGUAAAUUCCCUUCACGGAGGAGAGCCAUACUUCCUGCCUGUGACCGAAGAGGCUGAUAUUCGUGAGGAUGACAACAUUGCAAUUAUUGAUGUACCUGUUCCCAGUUUCUCUGAUAGUGAUCCUGCAGCAAUUAUUCAUGACUUUGAGAAGGGAAUGACUGCUUACCUGGACUUACUUUUGGGGAACUGCUACCUGAUGCCUCUCAAUACCUCCAUUGUUAUGCCUCCAAAGAAUCUGGUGGAGCUCUUUGGCAAACUGGCAAGUGGCAAAUACUUGCCUCAUACCUAUGUUGUUCGUGAAGAUCUGGUUGCUGUUGAGGAAAUUCGUGAUGUUAGUAACCUUGGUAUUUUUAUUUACCAACUUUGCAACAACAGAAAGUCCUUCCGCCUUCGUCGCAGAGACCUCUUGCUGGGCUUCAACAAACGUGCCAUUGAUAAGUGCUGGAAGAUUAGACACUUCCCCAACGAAUUUAUUGUUGAGACCAAGAUCUGCCAGGAGUGAAGAACAAUAGAUCAAGAGUAUCCUUGGUAAUAGGAAGUCAGAAAAUUACAAUAUGACUUUGACAUUAAUGUUUGUAGGAUACUCAAGAUAUUUACUCACACAUUUACUCUAUUACUUAUUCUGAGAAAGGAAAAAGGGAAGAAACUACUAACCACUGCAAGCUAUUGUCCAAUUUUAGUUUAAUUGGCAUUGCUUGUUGAUCGAAACAAAUAAUUAUCUUUUUCUUUUGAAUUUAUAGGGUUUAGAUUUCUGAAGGCAGCAUGAAUAUGUCAGCUAACAUCCUGACAAUAAAUUACAUCCUCUGUUUUUAUUUAAAGCAAGCUCUUGGCAAAAUCAUAUGGGAGAGCAUGCUUUAAAGUUAAAAUAAUUAAAAUUGUUCUUGAUGCUUUUGUGUAAAGCAUUUCAAAUCUCUUGACAUUGUUUUGUUCUUCAUUUUACUCAACUUUGCUGAUUUUAGAAAUUACAUUUUUCAUUUCUGUUAGGUGCUCUUAAGGAAUCUGACUUAUCUGUGAACAAUUUUCAUGAGGGAGUAACUUUUUACUAAUGUAAUGAUACUUUCUCACUGAUAUUUGUAUUGUGAAAUCCAUAAAACUGUAAGGUGCUGAAUGCUGUAAGGAGUUUUGGUUGUAUAUGAAUUCUACAACCCUAUAAUAAAGUUUACCAUAUUCAAA